AUGAAGCUCGUCCUCAUUCUCUGGACCGUCUGGUCCCUUGUCCUUCCGGCCCUCGCUCAAAAGCCACAACUCCCGCUCUUCUCUACAUCCCGCUGGAUAACAGACUCCUCCAACACCCGCGUCAAGCUCCGCUGCAUCAACUGGGCCGGCCACAUGGAGGUCAACCUCCCAGAGGGCCUUCACAAACAACCGAUCGAGUACCUGGCAGACUGGAUCAAGCAGGAGGGCUUCAACUGCGUGCGCCUUACCUUCUCGACAGACCAUGCCACGAACCCGGGCAUCACUGUACGAGACUCCUUCGUCAACGGCGCCAAAGCAGCCGGCGUGCCCGAAGCGGACCUCCUGAAGCUCUACGACCAGGCUGUCGGGAAGAACCCGUUCCUCAGCGACGGCAAUGUGACGCAGCGCGACGUCUUUGGCAGGGUCAUCGACGUCCUCUGGGAGCGGGACAUCAUGACCGUCCUCGACAAUCACGUCAGCAAGGCGUCCUGGUGCUGCAACCUCGACGACGGCAACGGCUGGUGGAAGGACGCGCGCUUCUACUGGGCCGCCAACUCGCGCUUCUUCGACACGGACGACUGGCUCGCGGGCCUGCAGCAGAUGAGCCUCUGGGCCAAGACGAAACCCGGCGUCGCCGCCGUGUCCCUGCGUAACGAGCUGCGCGCGACGUGGACGCAGAUCCCCUUUGCCGCGGACCAGUGGUACGGCUACGUGACGCGCGGAGCCAACGUCGUCCACGAGGCGAACCCGGACGUGCUCGUCAUCGUCGGCGGGCUCAACUCGGCGACGGACUUUUCUCCGCUGCGGACCAAGAGCCUCGACACCAUGGCGUGGAAGGGGAAGAACGUGUGGGAGGCGCACAGCUACAGCUUCACGGUCACGACGCCGAAUUUCGGGGACUGCGACAUCGAGAGGGCCGAGUACGGCGCCCUGUUCGGCUUCGUGCUGGAGCAAGGGAAGGGGUAUACCGGCCCGCUGUUCUUGUCCGAGUUUGGGGCCGCCAUGGAGGGCGGGCCAGAGGACGGGCUGUCGGCCGAGGAGCACGCGUAUCUCACCUGCCUUGUAGGGUACCUCGAAAGCAACGAUGCGGAUUGGGCGCUGUGGGCGAUUCAGGGGUCGUAUUACGUGCGGAACAAGGUGGUUGAUUUCGACGAGACGUGGGGUGCCAUGGAUCAUGAGUGGGAGGGAUGGCGGAACGGCAAGUUCAAGGGCCUAUUGGGCAACAUCUUUGCCGUUACUCAGGGGCCUUAG